AUGAAAUUGAAGCCGUUCGAUCUCUAUCAAAAGUUUUACCCCGUUGGUAUCAAAAACGACGCUCGGGUCCAACGGGAGUUGGCGUCGCAGUCGUUGCCGUCCGAGGAACGCAGGUAUUAUCUACCAAGUCGAACGACACUGGAACUUCCGUGGGAUUGUCUAAUUGCUCGGUUACGUGAUCUAUCCGCGGUUUUCGAUUCUGCUCGAAAAAAAUCCGAAAAACGGACACAUAAUUCACCAUUGUCGAUACAUUCGGGACAAAAUAUUGACACAUCGGCUUUACAUUCCAUAGAUACAAAAGACCAAACCACUCGUUCCUCUUGCGAAAUCCCGAUCAAAUCUGUCACCCGCAUACCUCACAAAGGGAGGUCUGUAAUACGAGAUCAUACCGAAUCCCUCGCGACACCUGGUUUGAGUGACCCAGUUGGAGCGGCUAAAGGUGGUUUGGGCUGGAUGCCCAGUCGUUCAUCAAAAUGUCGCCGGCUGGACAAAUCCUCGUUAGAACCUGCACCCCUGGCCACUGACGACCCAGACGUAUUGAACGCCGUUCCAGAGUUGAGUACCAGUCGACUAGUGGGCGAUCACUAUUUUCUCAAUCUGAGUGAUUCUGACGAGGAUGUGGAAGAUCAAGAGGAGUACGGAACUUCGUCCAGCGCCAAACGAUCAAGUACCGGACGAAAAGGUCGCGGUCGACCACGGGAUCCUGAUCCGACCUGGUCUGCUCCUAGUCCGAGUACGAAAAGGUCUGGCGUGCGUAUCACGAAAGGAUCCGACCUGUUGUUGUCUCCCGCGAACGCCAAAGCGUGUUUGCCUACCUCUGCGCUGACUGGUGGAAGAUUGGCAUGCGGUCGUUUUGUGGGUGACUUGGAUUCGAGGGCCAUCGAAGUGCGCUCGUUUAGAGUCGAGAAUCUUCGGCUGCGUAUGCCGGUUUAUUUCGAUCGACCGCUAUUAAUACCCGGAGUGGAAACUCCAAGCCUGUUUCAGAAAACCUUGGACAUCUACCCGCACUCUUUUCAGAGCUUGGAUCCGCAGUCAUCCACUACGUCAAAACAAUCAAAAACCAAAACCGGGACCACCGUUCGUCAGCGUCUAGCAAAGCGUUUGGGACUCUGA